AGGCAGCCUAAGAGCUGUUAUGCAACUGCUGACCUACUAACACAUAUUUCUAGAAAGGGAACCGGAGAAACUGGAGCAAAGUGUCCUGCAGCGCACAACACACGGGCAGUCCGAGCCAAAAGACAGAAAGGACAUCCAGCCGACCCACUGACUCAACGACAGCUGACCCUGAGCAGCGACAGGAAAAGGAGAAGAAAGUUUUUUUUUCUCUGUCGGGAGGUUUCUUCUAAAGGGACACGGGAAGGAGGAAACGGGAGCGAGACAGCUUUUGUGUCGGGGAAGCCUGAAUGUUUUCGUCCCUCUCCUGCGUGGAAAGUAACCCAUUUAGUGGUCGACUAACGGCGGCGUUGAAGCUGGAUCCUUAAAGAACCCAAAAGUAGACAGACUGACCUACAUCCCAUGUAAGACACUGAAAGAAGCGGGUCAGCUGCCUGACAGACAUCACAGCUCUGCUGAAGAUCGAGGAAGACACUGAUAAACUCAAAGUCACCCCAAACGAACCUCCAGAGACUACUUUGAACUACUUGCCAAGACAGCUGGAAAACCGUUUGCACAAAAUACAGUUUCUUGUUUUAGUUUUCUUGCUCAGAACACUACUUCAAUGUCUGAGGUUUUUGUGGAGUUCCACCUCUUUUUAAUCUUCCUGGCUAAUUUGGACACUUGAACAUUUCGAUAUUAUAAUUUAAGUAACAGAAAUCAAUGAGGCUAUCGUUUCGAGGAGCACAAAUACCUCAUCCAGAAGUUUUCGCUGAACCUGCGACAUAGGUCAGACGUCUUAGUAACAAAGCAGAAGGCUCAUAUAGUUUUACAUUUUUUCCCUACCCCCCUUUGCCCUUUGCUAGAGUGAUACUCUAGCACCCUGCGGGAAGAAAAAAUGGAAAGUCUCAGUAUACACCUCCCAUCCACCAGCAAUAACAAUGCCGAGGAGGGCGACAGUUUUUCCCCUUACAAUGGGAGCCUGCCAUCCCCUACUCCUGAAGGAGCGGUACGGAUUAGCCGCCAGUCUAAAGGUAGCAAGGCUACCGUGACCUCCCGUCGCAAGAGAGAGUUCAUUUCUGAUGAGAAGAAAGAUGCUUCCUAUUGGGAAAAACGGAGAAAGAACAACGAAGCAGCCAAGCGCUCAAGAGAAAAGCGUCGCCUCAAUGACAUGGUGUUGGAAAACCGGGUGAUGGCACUGAAUGAGGAGAACGUUCGUCUCAAGACGGAGCUCCUUCAGCUCAAGUUACGCUUUGGCCUCAUCAGCACAGCCUCCUACAUGGAGAAAAGUCAGCAAAUCUCCAACAGCGCCGCUGAUGGAAACACUGGCGGCAAUGGGAGCAGCACCAACGGCACCCCGAAUGGUAACGCAUACCUUUCAAGCAGCGGCUACUCCAGUGCGUCCCAGGUGAUGCUGAAUUCAGACUCAUCAGAAGCUGAACAGUCGAGUCUCGGCGAGCGCCACUCCACGCUCCCCAAAUAUUCCCCCCGUGGCUCCGUGUCUGACAUGUCUGACAGCUCUUCCAGCCCUGAACCCAUGGGCUACAACAUAAAGAAGGAGCCCACAAGCAUGGAGAUGGCUGGUCUGGAAAACAACAUGAUUCCCAGUGGGAUCACUAAUGGGAUCCCCAAUGGAAUGCAGAAUGGGGCUUACCAUGGCAGCCACAGUGCUCUGGUUUCUCCUCACCAGCAAAGCCCCCCAUUGGCUGAAAAUGUCAUGGACUUCCAGCAGCAUCAUCAACAGCAACAGCAGCAGUGCCACAUGGAGAUCUCCAACCCCGCUCCUCAGGCCACCUCAGCUCAAAGGAGCGUCAUUUUGUAUCGCUCCAGCAGUGGCUGUUAUCCCAUGGAGAGCCAGAGGUCAGAGGAGCAGCAGUCCCAGCAGAGCAGAGCUCCUCAACAUUGUCAGGACACGCUGACUUCCAAGUUCUCCGACUGCUCAGUGACCAUCACAGAGGUUGCUGAGAAGCUGGAGAGAACGAAGACCUUGGACUCUCCACAGUAUGAGUACACCAACGGUCACUUUGAGUCAGUAGAGGAACUGCAGCAAAGGUAUAAUCAGCAGCAGCAUGACAACCACAGUCUUCAGCACACUGAAAACCACCAGAACCCCUUCGCCCCUGAUCUGAUCCACAACAACGAGGAGCGGAGGUCCUCCUUCAUACAGCACAACGGCUACCUCAACACACUGGAUGAAGAGCCCCCGGUGCUCACCUAUGAGGGAGGUCCCCAAGCUGAUGGUUUCUAUCAGGAGAACUCCUCUGCUAAAGACACUUGUUCAAGUGAUGGAGACCCUCGUAGCUCUGAUAAGGAGGGCUCCACAGAUGAUGAAUCCCCCUCCUCAUCCUCCUCAGAUAUCAGCAGCUACCACCAGAAGAUUGAGGGAACUGGUGGUUUGCAUGGUGAGUGCCAAGCCGAGGUCAAAGGCACCGCCCUUCCCCACAAGCUCCGCCUCAAGUACAGAGCUCUGUCCAAUGGGGCAUCCAGAGCACAGGUGGAGGGACUGGUCAGCACCUCGAUGUCCCCUUCUCCCACUUUGCCUCAGCAUCCUUACCUAGCUCUGUCCAGCAACCCUCACAGUGGCAAUGGCAACGGGGAGAGCAAAGAUGCUGAGACUGAGCCCGAGUAUGCGGAAGAAGUCAAGUGUCAGGUGAAUGAGAGGCCAGAGGCUAAAAAGGAGGGAGGUAAAAAGGGAUCCAGCGGUGGGAGGGGUGGGCGCAAUAAGAGGCGAGAUUAAGGACAAAUAGGAGCAGCUGUCGUCUGCGGUGGACAGACAAAAAAGAACUGUGACUCACAUUGGCACCUUGCGAGGUAUAAAAGAAGCCAGUGAUCAGUGUGAGAUGUAGUUAGGAUGUGAUUUCACCACCAAGUUUCACUGUGUCACCUGUACCCCUUCCUGUACUCUCUCCUACCUCCCGCCUAUCCCUCCAGGUAGAUUAACGAGGGAUGUGACAGAAUGAAACUCUUCAGAGCUGGAGUUUGGGAUAUUUCCCUCGUGGAAAAUUCAAACAUUAUUCAAUUAUUCAUUAUUGUAAACUGCCUUAGUGGCUGGCCAGUGUUUAUUGUGGCAUUAUGGGAACAUUCCUUUAACCAAAGACACACAUCCUUCCUUUAACAUCUCCCCUUUUGGCAAAGAGUUACAUUCUUCCUCCCUCUCGUCCCUCUUCUUCCUCUCCAUUCUCUGAACCAUCUGCACACAAGUCCUCUUCACUAUUGAAGCACUUAGAUUGUAUAUUACUGUGACAUAUAAAUUUGCAUAUAUGGAAUAUAUAUUUUAAGAAGAAAACUGUGGCAAAAACAAUAAAAAUUAAAGCAUUGGGAUGUGGAAGUCGUAGACUUUAAAGCGAUCAGCUUGUUUGUUGUUUCGAGAACCUUGUACAGUCCUUUGUUUAAAAAACGCCUCAAAGUUUCUCUUUUACUAAAAGUAUGAGCCACAACUUGUUAAAAAAAAUCAAAUAAGUGAGGUACCCUUCUUUUUUAAAAGUUUGAGUUCAGAUCGGGGUCCUUAUUUGGACGAUCUGACCUCUUUGACGCUCAAAGUUGUCAAAACAAGCGAAGGCCAGUUACUCGCAUAUCAGUCCAGGCUAUGCAGUCACACUUUCCUGUUGGCAAGCACAAGGUGAGCCUUGUUUGCCGGCCAUCCAACAGAAAUCAAUACGUCUUCAUUUCAAGACAAAAAUCGUCUGUCCAGUAAAUGAAAUGGCUCUCCAGUCACAACCAGCAAAGCUGCUCUCUCUCUUCAUAAGGUGCCUCUUUAUUGUGUUGUUCCUUGUCCCCACGUUGGCAGCGUCUUAACGAUCCCACUCACCUCCGCACUGAGUUUUAGCAACUGUAGCUGCAGUAGAUCAUAAAGUAUGUACAAGUUUAACUGUUUCACUUCCUGGUGCCUGCCUCUGGCCACUAUGUAUAAAUGUAAAGUUGUCUAUCUCUUGUAUACUGCUGUCAUUAUUUUAUUAUUGUUUUAUUAAUAUUAUUUUCUGUUGUAUUCGGUUAUUCUUUUCGCUGUUAUGUGUAUUUUUCUGUCAUUCACUUGUGUCAUUUUUGCUCUAAACUCUUUCUGGUUGUGCUGUGUAUUUAUUCAUGCUACCCUUUGCCCCAGUUACGGUUUGUACUCCGUGUUAUUGUAUAACCUUUGCUGAAAAGCUUUUUCAGAAGAGAAAAAAAAAAAUGAAUAAAGCUUGGCCAGAAGUGAUUAUGUAAUGCUAUACUUCAAGUGGAUAUGCAAAUGGUUAGAAAAAAACACUCAUUUUCGAUUGUGAAAGAUUCAAAAUGGGGGAAAAAAAAUAAAAUGUUGUUGAAUUUA